GUUUGUGGCUCAGCGCCGCUCUGCACAGCCGGGCGGAGAGAGGCGACGGGUCAGAGGAAAAUGGCGGACGGUGUGGAUCACAUCGAUAUCUACGCCGACGUAGAGGAGGAAUUCAACCAGGAAGCGGACUACCCAGUCCAUGAACAGAUUGACCUGUACGAUGAUGUAAUAUCCCCAUCAGCCAACAAUGGAGAUGCGCCAGAAGACCGCGACUACCUGGACACACUGCCUACCCCAGGUGGCUCAGAGGGAGGGAAGAGUGCCCCACCUAACGUGGUGUACACAUACACAGGCAAAAGGAUUGCCUUGUACAUAGGAAACCUCACAUGGUGGACGACAGAUGAGGAUUUAACAGAAGCUAUCCGGUCGGUAGGCAUUACAGAUGUGCUGGAGAUCAAGUUCUUUGAAAACAGAGCCAAUGGCCAGUCAAAAGGGUUCGCACUGGUGUGUGUGGGCUCAGAGGGAUCAUCCAGGAAGUUAAUGGAGCUGCUUUCAAAGAGGGAGCUCCACGGCCAGAAUCCCAUUGUCACACCAUGCAACAAACAGUCCCUCAGCCAGUUUGAGAUGCAGUCACGCAAAAGUACCCAGUCAGGCCAGAUGUCUGGGGAAGGUAAAGCCGGUCCCCCUGGUGCUGGCCCUCGUGGGGGUUUCCCCAUGGGUCGAGGCAGAGGCAGGUUCCCUGGACCACCUGGCCCCGGUGGAGACCGCUUCCCUGGUCCCGUUGGGCCUGGAGGUCCACCACCGCACUUCCCUGGCUCGGGGAUGAGACCAGAUCUGAUUAGACACCAAGAUGGCCCUCUGAUGGAUAUGGGUUUCAAUCCCUUCCCGCCGGGGGGUAGGAACGGGAGCUGGCGUGGCAGAGGUGGGAUGCAGGGUCCCCCACGUCCCCCUCCUGGUCCACCUGGUCCCCCUGGUCCCCCAGGACCUCCACCUCCUGGCCAGGGCCUCCCCCCUCCCCUUGCUGGUCCUCCAAAUCGUGGCGAUAGGCCUCCUCCCCCUGUUCUCUUCCCUGGUCAGUUUGGCCAGCCUCCAAUGGGACCCCUGCCCCCAGGUCCCCCUCCUCCAGGUUACGGCCCUCCCCCUGGUCCCCCACCCCCUCAACAGGGCCCGCCACCCCCAGGACCAUUCCCUCCACGUCCCCCUGGCCCCAUCGGGCCCCCCAUGGCUUUGGCUCCACCUCCACACAUGCCAGGUCCCCCGCCAGGUGGACCACCACCAGCACCCCAUGUUAACCCUGCCUUCUUCCCUCCACCUGGUAACAACAACAUGCCCCCCAACGACAGCAGAGGCCCCCCUGGACCAAACGACCCAUACGGACGCCCGCCACCAUAUGACCGAGGGGACUACGGUCCUGGAGGCCGGGAGAUGGAAGCGUCACGGACCCCUCUGAGCGAGGCAGAGUUUGAGGAGAUUAUGAACAGGAACAGAGCCAUCUCCUCCAGCGCCAUAUCCAGAGCGGUGUCCGACGCCAGUGCAGCUGACUAUGGCAGUGCUAUAGAGACCUUGGUGACAGCCAUCAGUCUGAUUAAGCAGUCCAAAGUGUCAGCAGACGACCGAUGCAAGGUCCUCAUCAGUUCCCUGCAGGACUGUCUCCACGGCAUUGAGUCAAAAAGCUACGGUUCCGCCUCCAGACGAGAACGCUCCAGGGAACGAGACCACAGCCGCUCCAGGGAAAAGAGCCGACGCCACAAGUCCCGCAGUCGUGACCGGCAUGAGGACUAUUACCGAGAACGCAGCCGGGAGCGGGACCGCCACCGUGAGAGGGACAGGGACCGAGACCGGGAGAGAGAGAGGGAGAGGGAGUACCGUCACCGCUAGAUGAGAGCUAACGAGGAUCAAGGAUGGAUGGAAGGAAAAGGAGGAAGGAUUUCAGUGCGCCACCACCUCCCCACCCUGCAUGACCGGACAGGAUUACAACCACCACCUCUUCCUCCACCCCUCCAUCUCUCUUCUCCUCUCCGUCUCCACCCAUCCUUCUCUCUGUCUGUUCAUCUUGUCUGCCUGAAUAAGAGCAGUGGAUGGAAGACCCUGACCUGUGUAAGAUUAUGUUAUCCAAACAUCUAUACUCAUGGUAACUAAAGAUGAAAGAAAAGAAACUUUCCAAACAGUUCUUUUAUUUUUAUGAUGUUUUAUUUGACAUGAAGAUGAGUAUGUGUGAUGCUUCUUUGCAAAGAAACAAUAAAAUGGCCCACACAAUCCCCUAACUAGAAAACACAGACAUUACAUCCCGUUUGUUUUUUAUUUUUCCUUGGCUCGCUGUACUGUGUACAUUCAGUUUAGAGAUCAGUUUUUAUAGGGUACAUCUUUGAUGUGUUCUCCCCACCCUUCUCUCUCAUUCUCAUUUAUCCUUUUUGUUGUUAGUAUGUUUGUAAAUGUCUCUCUGCUUUUGAUUAAAAACUAGAUGGUGUUGUAAUAAAAAAUGUUUACCGAGGUACUCGAUGCAUUUGGUGAAUUCCUCUACAUGUUUGACUCAUUUAUAUUAAAUGUGUAUUUUGGACUGCAAACUGUUUUUCAUAUUGAAUUUGUCUACGUUUAGAUGAUCUAUUUUUUAGCUGUAUUAGCGUGUAGUUGUAUGUUUAGAAGGUAGAUCCCUGUUUUUAAGUCCCUUUUUAUGUUUUUUUUUUUCCUUUGUUUCUUCAAAUGGAUGAAACUUUUACAAGGUAAGACAAAUUAAAUCAAUGUACUUUUUUACAAUGUGAAUCGAUGGGUGGAUGGGAGGAUAUGUAGACUUGAACAAAUGAAAGGUCUGCAUGUAUGUGCAGCUCUUUGAAUCACACCGUAAACCAAAAAAAUACUUUUUACAAAGUGGUUUCUGUUGUAAUUGCAUUGAAAAACUCACCAAGAAAGAAAAAAAAAAACCAGUGUUUUGUUGUGAAAUAUUCAUCCUUAGAUUUAGAAAUCAAUGUGAGUUCAAGCAGCCAUUGUAGUUAAAGACCACAUGGAAUUGGUAAACCUUCAAGUAUCCGCUAAUCCCAUUUGGUGAUUUUCCAUUUCAAGUAAAUUAUUGUAUUUUUGCUCCUGUGUUUCACACCUAAUAUAUUUUUGUAUGUUCAUUUUUGACACUGCCCUGUCACACCAUAGAUGAACCUUUAAACACAUAAGGAAGAAGUUCAGUGGAGCUGGUUCAUAUGCAAUUUGUUAAAAUUGGAAUGUGCACCUUAACACUAACAUUGUUGUCAAAUGCCAGGCAACACUGUGAUACAAACCUUUCAGUUUGUAGUAUUUGAGAUGAUCAGUUUGACAAAUAAGCACUGUUACGUAUGAGAAUUGUCUCUAAUCCCUAUUUUUCCAGUUAGAAAAAAAGAAGCCCCUAUGUCCCAAUAUUUGACGUUGAAUCAAACUACUAGACCAGUUUUUGGAUUUCGGUAAAUAAAAAUGUGGAAGAAAGUUUUGUGGUGCUGCAACAGUGUUUCAUCAGGGGUGUCAUAUUGAUGUUUUUUUUUCAUUUGUACUCCAUCACAAAGAAAUGUUGAUAAAAUGAAAUCAAAAUGAACAUUGUGUCGUAAACACAACUUUUGAUUAUAUGCUACACAAAAGCUCUUAUUUUUUUAAAUCACAAAUCCCCUUUUGUGUUACUUAUUUGUCUAUUGGAGAUUAUUGGUUUUCUUUUCAAAUAUUUUUUUCUUUUCUUUUUUUUUUAUGUACUUAUCUUGGUUUAAAUCCAUGACCAUCCCCUGAUAUAUUGCAUGUCCAAAAGUAUUUGAUGACUGUAAAUAUUGUUGACACUAAUAUCCAUCCAUUCAUUGUAAUGGCUACAGGAAUCACUGAACUUAAAUGAAAAGGUGUAAAUCAGAUUGUAAUGGCUUCCAGACAUUUUUCAACCCCAGUGAUGCUCUUGAAAUGUAUUCAUAUUCUAAAAUAUACUUUUAGAGUGUUAUAUAUCAUUAAAUAUUGAUCCAUUUGUUCCCAUAACCUUGUGAACUCUGUAAAAGAGUAAUGAAACAUUGUAAAUUGGGUUUUUGUACAAAAAAACAAUGUUGAAAAUGUGGGAAAUUUUACACUCAAGGAAAAAUCUUAAUGCCAACUUGAACAGUACUUUAAAAAAUGGGCCCCUACAGCUGAAAUGUUUUUCAGUGUUUGUGGCUGAUUAGGAUCAUGUUUCCCUCUUUUUUGUAUCUUAAAGAGCUUGAUGCCUUACAACUUUGAGUCUGUCAUGCACAUUGACUUUUGUGAUCUGGGCAGACUCCCAGCAGUCAUUCAAUGUUAUCCUGAGCAGAGAUCUGAUCAGCCAGAAUAAGAACAUGUUUGUGCAGGGCUCUCGGUAAGAGUACUGUCACUUUGUAGUUGCCUUGUGCUGACCUCUCUCCACAGCGCCGAAGGUAAGUGUUUCAGGUCUACAUCACUACAGAGAAGGAAACAGUCCAGUCCAGCGGCAGUCUGGCUGACAUCAAGCCCAGGCCAAGCAUCGACGCAGCUGGAAAGUAUCUUUUGUGUGUUUUCAGUAUUUGACGUACAUGGUGUAAUGACAGGAUAUACAGUAGUAAUUAUAUAUUCUUCAGUUUUGUUUUAUGGCCUGUAAUGGAUAAUGUACAUUUUAUAGAAAUUUAGCCAUGUGUGACCCGACAUUGAAACUCAACAGAGGUGUAAUGUAGUAAGACUUUAUAUGUAUAUAUUUAAGUGGUCAUUUACAGUUUGUUUUUUAUACCUGUAAAUAUAAUUAAAUGAUCAGCAUAGCAAUGCAGACCUGUCCAGUAAAAAGCAGGACUUCUCAAUGCUGUAUGACAUAAGUUUCUAUCCUCAAUUUUAAAUGUAACUUGGGUUUUUAGAAGAAAAAAAAAAAGGGUCACAUUGAGAUUAUUUACAGUGGAGACUUGUCAUCUUGUAUUAAUGCUGGCAAUGUCUUGUUUUAUUUACACAUCUCCGCAGGUAAAGGUACAUCAUAACCAAAAGUAACCAAAUGGUCAUUGGUCCUAGAAAAUAAAACUAUUUGAAAGUCA